GUCAUGAUGGAAAGUGAUCGGUCCCGAUCAUCAAGGCUGCAUAACUCUCAGGUUCUGGUCUCAACUUUCUCUUGAACUUCAACGUCUUUCGAGCAACUUUUACAAUUGAAGAUCAUUUUGUGUUUCUAGGUCAUUCUCGAUGUUCAAGAAACCCCUCGCCGACCUGAAGACGUCGGCUCCUCUCCGAAGUUCAGAUCGACGAAAGCUCAAACAACGUGUCGUCGAAACGUAUUCACUCUCACCUGAAGUGGGAGACUUACUUGUUCCUGAAGGACUCUUGACGCAAAAGUUUAGUACGCAUGUGAACGAACAUGGUGUAGCUUACUUAUCAUCUGAAAGCGACCCUCUUUGGUUUACACUUGGGAAGGGAUCAGACGAGUUGAUUCCGACUGUCUAUACACUCUGGAAGUAUCCAGAGCUCCUCCCGUUUCUUUCAACACCUUCAGCAGUUGUACCCAAGUUGAUCGGUGGUGCAGACCUCAUGAUCCCCGGAGUCGUCCAACACUCGCCUUUUCUGCACCCUAACCAACUCGUCUCAAUCACGCAGUACCAUUCUUACCCCAAACUCGGACCUCCAUUAGCCGUAGGACGCAUGGCCGUCUCAAAUGAUGUAUUGAAUAGGUCGGAUAGAGGAGAUGAUGUGAAAGGAAAGGCCGUACAUGUGUUGCAUACUUGGAAAGACCACCUUUGGGACAUGGGAAAUGGGAGGAAGAUGGACGUUCCGGCACCAAGGGAGGUUGUUGAGCGGGAGCAGGCGGAGGGAGCAACAGAGAAUGAUGCGAAGCAACAGCCUGUAGGCGGUAUACAGGAACAGAUAGAAGAUGGAACUGGCGCAGAGGACAUUCUGGGUGGUACUCAACCUGAAGCCAGUGGAAGUGGAACUCAGACCCAGCCAGCGACUGAUGCCGCAAGACCUGUCAUGACGACGCUGACACCUGAAGACGUUUCGCAUUGUCUGCGUAGCGCGUUACUCCAAGCGCUCCAAACAACUCUCAAGUCACUUCCACCGCCGUCUUUCCCAAUACCUGCAUCCACGUUCUGGUCGACAUAUAUCCUCCCUUCCAGGCCUGCUUAUGCCUUGGGUACAAAUGGACUUUCAGAUUCUAAUCAAAUUGAUAUCAAGCACUCUACUCACAAGACUGUCAAAACCUUCUUGAAAGCCAUGGCCAAGGAGGGUCUUCUGAAGUUGAAGGAAAGUAAGGGAGACGUCCUCGUUACCGCUGUAUAUCCCGCCCACCCUGCUGUUGGUUCUCACCGGCCUCACAGAACGGUACAAAGCGUUGGCGCUCAACGGGAAAAGGCCGAAGAGCGGGAACGCAAGGAGAAGGAAGCCGAGGAAAAGAAAAAGGGAGAGAUCCAAGUAAUUGAGUUGUGGAAACCCCAUGGGUCUACGGUUGCUUGGUUCGUCGCUGCCGGGAAAGACACGUCGAGUCUGUACACAAUGCCAGAUAUCAGGGAGAUCUUCAACACCUAUGUAUCGUCUAAGAAAUUGAUCAAUGUUCAAGAACAACAAUACAUCAAUGUCGGCGAAGAUCCUGCCCUCGCUUCUGCUGUCUCAGCAAAGAACGAAGACAUUCCUGAGUUUAUGAAACGCGAAGAAACUCUCAAACGGAUACGCGAUCACAUGCAGCCUUGGCAUGAGACUAGGGUGUUCGAUAUUGGAAGUGGUCGUGCUGACCUCCAUUCGUUUCGCUAUAGGAAGGGACAUGUGAGACCUAUAUUUGUAACGGUAAAGAUUCGACAAGGACGAAAAGCUGCAACACUCAUCAGUGGUUUCGAGCCGUACCUACUACAAGCAGAAGAGUUGGCAGAAGAGCUGAGGAAGCUGUGUGCGAGCGCUACUUCGGUCACGCCGCUUCCAGGAAAGUCGUCAGACUUAGAAGUGAUGGUCCAAGGCAAGCAAAUCAAAGCUGUCACGGACCUGCUGAUAUCGAAGGGAGUGCCGAAGAAGUGGAUUGAAGUUGCAGAUCUUAGUGACGCAAAGAAGAAAUAGGCGAAUAAUGCAGUGAAAUGAAAUGUAUGUACAGUACUCGAGGUGAUUCUCAUUAUCGCAUCUCCGAUCGCAGAAGCAAUCUUUCGAAACGGUGUGUUUUCCUGCCCACAUGUAAUGUCUCCUCACAGUACUCUGCGAGAUGUUUUGAUGUCCCGUGAGACGGCCGUUGCACGACACUCUCCAGCAAGAUCAACUAGUUCUCUAUGGACCGCUGUUUUUAAUGACACU